AUGCAUCUCAGCCUCUCACUCAUCGCUAUACUCGUUCAUCUCAUGGCCCACUUGCCACUGGCCAGUGCUGCUGACCCCAACCCCAUCCCCUACUUUGCCUUCUCAGACAUUGGCACCUUCAAUCUGUCGAGCCUGAACGCCUCCGAUGCACGGAACUCGGCUAUCCUUACUCGUCAGGAGGCUGAGCUUUUGCCUAAUCGUACCAGGCAGCUUCGACAUGGUUCAUACCUACGCAAAUUGGCCAAAGGGAAAGACAUCUACUUCACUACCAAGGCGAAUGGCACCGAGCACGAUAUUACUUCCUUCUUAUACCAUUUCGGUAUAUCUGGGGUAAUGAUUAUUAAGGAUGGGAAGAUCCGUCUUGAGAGAUACCAGUACGGUAAUGAGCCUUCAUUCCGGAACCAGAUUCAGUCUUGCACAAAGUCUUUCAUCACAACCUCAAUGGGUAUCGCAAUCGCCCAGAACAAGAUUUCCCUCAAUGAUCCUGUAUCGAAAUGGAUCCCUGAGCUUGCCAAGUCUCCAUGGGGGCCGGUCCACAUUCGAAACUUGAUUGACAUGACAUCGGGUGUCGAAGAGCCCAACUCCACCCACAACCCGGACUUGUUCAAUGACGUAUACCCACGGACGGACCCUGACGCUGUCAUCAAGUGGUUUAAGACCUUCGACAAGGUGGCGGAGCCUGGCAAGGUGUUCAAUUACUACAACCCCAAUUACUAUGUUGCUUCGCUCUCGCUUACUCGAGCCAUCGGGGAGCCUUUGCAGAACUGGGUCACCAAGAAUAUCUGGGAACCAGCCGGCAUGCAGUACGACGGCUACAUGCGAGUCACGGGAGCCGGCCAAGUCGACGGUCACGGAGGAUUGGCACUGACAUUGCCCGACAUGGCUCGCUAUGGAAUGUUCAUCCUUGACGCAUUCAAUGGUAAUGGCGGUCCCCGGGUUCCCAAGCAAUGGUUCUAUGAUAUCUCGACUGCAAGUACUAGCAAGGGGAUUCGUGGGCCUGGUGCCAUCGACAUUGUGCCUGGAUUUGGGUAUCAAACAGGCUGGUGGACCACUCCCCGGGGAGCCAAGAAAUACCAGCUUGGCGACGAUGGCGGCUUUGCUGCGCUUGGCACGUACGACCAGGCCGUCUACGUUAUUCCCGGCAUCAACACCACAAUCGUGCUACAGUCCGAUAACCCCGUCCACUACCCUAAUCUGUUUUACUUUGGACAACAGUUUGCCACAGCUGCAAGUCUUGCUUUGAGACAGGAACGCUACUAG